UCUACUAACCAUUAUUUUGCACAAUUGCUUACUUGAAAGUUUGAAUCACCAUAGAUUCCUUCGCCAUCACAAAUAUUAUCUUCAUCAUCAAAUUCUAUGCCAUCAAUGGAACACUGUUAUUUUGAUGAAAUCUAUGAUUUAAUUCGAUCAUCUUGUCAUUCAGCUACACCAGUAAUUACUGAUUCUUCAAAAGUUGAUUAUACUAUUCGAAACACAAUGGAUAAAUCUCAGAAUAUCAGAUUCGAUAAUAUUCGAGAUCAAUUAAAAAUAUUUUCUGCACAUCUUGCACGUGUCGAACAAUCAGCAACACCGACUCCAGACCUGCUUCAAGUCAAUCAGUUCAGAUCGAAAACUCUUCAACUAUUUUGUGAGAACGUUAUCAAGUACAAGAAGGAAUUAAUCGUCUUAAAUUAG